GAAAUGUUUGUUGGCAUUGGCAACGUUUUAGCCAGUUCUGACGGCGUACAGUCGGAAUAAAGAAAUCGAAAGGAAGGGCAAUAAAAAAAAGAAUUCAGCUGAGGACCUCUGAACCCUUGUUAUCGUCCAUUCCACUCACCAUAGAGGAGCGAGGAGCGAGUACAGACUGCUAACAGAAUGACCAGCUCAUCUGCUCCAAGAAUGGUGAACAGUUACAAGCGGACUUCAAGCCCUCGAUCCCCUACUAACAGUGGGGAGCUUUUUACCCCAGCACAUGAGGAAAAUGUGCGUUUUAUACAUGACACCUGGCAGUGUGUUUUAAGAGACAUCAGAUCAACGCAAAAUAUUGAACGCAACGACCGUGGACCACAGGAGUAUGUGGAGAAAAACCCAAAUCCAAACCUACUUUCUUUUACACCAGUGGACCUGAGUGACCUCAAGAAACGUAACACACAAGAUUCCAAGAAGUCCUAGUCUUUUCAUUACUGUCUGUUCAAUUUUUUUUCCACCCAUUAUCCUCGAGAACUUUUCCUCCAUCAGUCAGAAAGUCAGCCCUGUUGGCCAGUCAAGCACAGAAUGCCAAUUUUGUUUCUUAACUCUGGACCAUUGCAACCCCCUCCUCUUCUUUACCCUCUCAGCUGACCUAGAAGAAAAGAAGUGGAAUUCCAAGGAGUAAAACUUCCCAUCUUCCUGGUUCAUGUUUUUCAAGUCACAAAAUUGUCAUAUUGUUUAUGUGGACGGGACUGAUGCAAACUCAUCAAAUUUGCCUGUUGCUGGGGUUCAACGUGACGACACUUUCCACAGGACACAGAAGACUGCAGUCUUAAAUACAAACCUUGUUUUCUUUGCUACUUAUAUGACUCUGGAGGAAAAUGCGAAAGGGCUGACUUUUUUUUUUAAAGAUAGUUCGACCAGUAAAUUGUAGAAGUAACGGGAUGGUCACAUUGGACACACACAAGUUUCGGCAGCCAAAGGCAAUGUAGAAGGCCAACCUUUUUAUUAUAAAUUUUCUUCCCCUAAAAUGGACUUUACUUAGUAGAGACCUCCCCGAGUAUGCUGCCCUUGGUUAACCCCCUUCCUUAAGCCUUGAAACAAAAUGUUGAAUAAAAGACUUUUACAGAA